AUGCUGUAUAAGAACAACCUAGACGAACAGCCUCGUGCUAAAAUGGAAUAUCCCCUGCUGCAAACAUACCACAAGUCUCCAGGGCUUUGCUAUAGGAAAGGCUUAGACUGGUAUUACUCAUACUUUUUUUUCCUCUUUUUCUCUCCCCCCCCUAAAAGCCCGUAUUCAGAGGUGCUUUAUUUUGUGCAUCAAGCCUAUCAGACAAUUUUACCAUGUGGCAACAAAUAUCUUCAGCUAAAAUGGGACAAAGCAAAGUACGAAGAACACAAGAAAAGGAUCCAGACAGCAAAACCAUUAAUGGACACAAAUGCCCCUGCAAUAUACAGCCACCAUCAUCUGAAGUUAGAGAAAGAUGAAGGUACAUUGGAGGAAGAUCGACUUUCUGUCAUCAAAAGAGACAAGCGUUUGCUGCUGGAGAAGAUGUCCUGCAUCAAGAGAACAAAGGGACAAACUGAUAACAAAAAUGACUAUAAGGCAGCAGCAGCAGCACUAUUUCUGUGUAGUUAUCAAAUUACCUUCCCAGUGACAAACAUAGCUAAGGAUAAACUGCUCUGUUGAGGACAUGCAUUUUAAA